AUGGAAACCGCCAAUAGUGGAAAAUCCAGAGAAGAUUACAUAACAUUGAACCAAGAGCCAAUAAUGGUUUCCCAUAGAAAUUCAGUACACCAUUUCCAUGAAUUGGAGAAACAGCCUUCGAUCAAGGAAGAAGAUGAGGAAGAUGAAGCAGAUGUGUCAUUAAAUGACAACAUCGCCAUAUCUGAUUUUUCUUCAGGAGAUAUGAUUAAUAGUAUAGGUGCUAGUGGAGGAGGUGAUCACAGUGAAAUAGGAACAAUUCCUUCAAAUGAAACCCUGAAAGUUCAAGAUUUGAAAAUAGCUCCAAGUACAUCUAAUGAGGCCAUUCCAGCUUUAAAUAAUAGCUCACAUAGUAAUAUUACUAAUGAUAGCUCACACAGUAAUAUCAAUAUUAACAAUAGCAACAUUACAAAUAACCAAGAGCUUAAUCCCUACAGAGUACCGGCAAGCGCGUCUCAAGCUGCAAGAAAAGAUAACCAACCAUUAUUAUCUAUUAAUUCAACCAUCACUUUUGAAAAACAAAAAGUUUUACCACAUAGAUCAAGAGCUCACUCCGGACAAAGUGUCUUGAGUAGUAUAUCUUUAAGAUCGGCUUUGCAACAGCAAAAUCACCAGUCAUCUUCAAAUGACUCAACAGACAGCCAAGUAGAUACUACUCAAACUUCGGGAAGCAUAAUACAGAAUAGUCUAAUGGAAAUUACACAGCAAAUACAGUCACCAGCGAUGUGUUCAGUUAGAAGAAAAGGUUUAAAUAGUGCUGGUGCUCAUGGAAGUGUGGUAUCGUUACAAAGGACAAACUCAGAGAAAUUAAAUGAUAUAGGAUUUCAUGAACCAUUUGUGGAUGAUAAAAGAGUGGAUUUAGAUGCAAAUAACAAUAUCAUGACUACCAAAAAUAAUCUCAAGUCAGAUGAUAUGCACAGUGAUAUACAAGAUAAAAUUUCUCCAACUCGCAUAUUUAGUGCUGACGAGAAACCCAAGCCACUUGAAAAUAGUAAACCUUCCUCAGUUAUAUCCUCUAAUAAAUCACCAACUAUUGAAGAUGAUGCCAAUGACGAUAAUGAAGAGAUGCAAAAGGAAUUAACAGCACAGGCCCUAAGAAACUUAUCAAAUAUGAAAGGCCUUCAAGUAUCUAAUACUUUUGCAUCAAGCGCACUUGAUAAAGAUAUCGAUAAAGCAAAAUCAGUCUCGGAAAAUGAAUUAAAUGAAAUGAACAGCAAUAGUAUUACAUCUAUGACUCAUUUACAAUUUGGGAAAAAGAAAGUUUACCUCGAUUCUUCUCCUAGUGCAUUCGGUAUUGAUGCUAGUUUUAAUUCAAGCCAAAACAAGAGAUUAGAGGAGCAAAAGUCAAGUUCGAACGAAAGCAACUUAAAUGACCAAAUAAAUAUCCAGAUAACUUCACAAAAUCCAAUUGAGAGCAAUAAAUCUAAUAAUAAUAAUAUUUAUCCAAAUACUGGUAGAAACAAAAGGUUUGUGAAACAAAUAAAUGAUCCGAAAAAACCUCUAUAUGUCCCAGCUGUUUUAAGAAAUGUUUCUGAAACCAAUAUAACGAAUGAUGAUGUGAUAUGGUCAAGUAUUGUUCAUAAUUCCCCAAAAUUCAGUGCCAAUUAUAAUAAUAGUCUUGGAAGCUAUUUCAAUAGUGAACCAUCUUCUUCUAAGGCAAGUAUACAUUCGGCAAGCUCGUAUGUGAUAGACACAUGUAAGAAGCGUAUCUCUUCUUUAUUCUCGCAAAAUGAAGAUCAUGAUUCAUCUCUAGGUGCACCAAGUUUAGCAAAAAUAGAACAAACAAAAUUACCAGUGAGAACUCAUUGGAUUCCUGAUUCUCAACGCAAUUCAUGCCGUUAUUGCCAUAAAUUAUUCACAUUUUGGGAACGUAAACACCAUUGUAGACAUUGUGGUGAUAUCUUUUGUCAGCAACACCUAAGACAUUGGCUGUAUUUAAAUUCUCAAGCCGAGUUUAUUAUUGGUGGGGGGAGUGGGAUAGGUACAUUAUCCAAAGUGUGUGUUACUUGUGCUGAAGAAUACGAGAAUUUAAUUAGGAGUAACGAUCCUUUAUCAAAACUCCAGAUGGAUAACCUGACACUGACAAAACUAAAGAAUAAAGUAGGAAAUUCUUCUUCACAAGGUGCUGGCACCAAGGUCAUGAAAAAUAUUGACAAGGUUUCUAAUUCCAUCAAAAUUGAUAGUGAUGGAAAAAAUUUAAAUUUAGAUCCAAAUGAUGGUGCCGAUGGCAUUGAAAAUAAGAAGCAAGAAAGAGAGCUUAUGAAUAGUGUAGUAGGAUCAGUUCCGGUGGAUUGGAAUUGGAGUAGUUUUUAG